CGUCGCACCCCGGAAGUUGAACCUUCCUGACACGUAGCAACCGCUGUAAAGUUGGCAGCUCCGUCCAGCAGCGUCCCUGAGUAAAACAUGUCGGGGUUUGACAACUUCAACACAGACUUUUACCAGUCUAGCUACAGUGUAGAUGACCAAAACCAGGCUGGCUAUGGCUACAGCAACGCGGACAACUCCUACAACAAGCAAUACGGUCAGUAUGAUUACUCCCAGCCGAUGGGCUACUCCGCUCCUGGAAUGAUGCAGCCCCAGCAGCCGUACACAGGACAAAUCUUCCAGCCCGCACAGACCUACACCCCAUCUGCGUCACAAUCUAUGUACAGUAACAGCUUCGAUGACGAGCCCCCACUUCUAGAAGAGUUGGGAAUCAAUUUUGACCACAUCUGGCAGAAGACGUUGACGGUGCUCCAUCCCAUGAAGGUGGCAGACGGCAGCAUCAUGAACGAGACAGACCUGGCAGGCCCCAUGGUCUUCUGUUUGGCCUUUGGAGCGACGCUUCUUCUGUCGGGUAAGAUCCAGUUCGGCUACGUGUACGGCAUCAGCGCCAUCGGCUGCCUGGGAAUGUACUGCUUACUCAACCUGAUGAGCAUGACGGGCGUCUCCUUCGGCUGCGUGGCCAGCGUGUUGGGAUACUGCCUCCUCCCCAUGACCCUCCUCUCCAGCUUCGGCGUCCUCUUCUCAUUACAGGGUUUGGUGGGAGUCAUACUCACGGCUACGAUCAUAGGAUGGUGCAGUUUCUCGGCUUCAAAGAUCUUCAUCUCGGCGCUGGCCAUGGACGGGCAGCAGUUUUUGGUGGCGUACCCCUGUGCUCUUCUAUACGGGGUCUUUGCUCUCAUCUCGGUCUUCUGAGGAAAUACACAUUACAGCAACCAUUUAAAAUAAAUGUUACCCCAGUUUCUGUAAUUUCAGUUUAAUUAGCAUCAGUAAUUAUUUGCUAAUUACACAGUUUGUUGAAAUGGGAGCUUCUGUCUCAGCAGCGCCGAGGACUUUUCUUUUUUGUUUUUUUUCUUUUUUUUUUUCUUAAGCUUCCACAUCUUACCACAUUCCAGCUUGACGUUCUGAAGGCUAGAGUGCAUCCCGUCACUCACUCUGCUCCUUUCAUGCAUCUAAAAGGAGAGGGAUGUCAAGUAAAUUUAGAAAAAAAUAAAUAAAAUACCUCCUGUGGACGCGGUGGAGCCUUCUGUGGACCAGUACAGCCCUGUGAUCUGAAGAGCGUGAAGGGGAGAGAAGAGAGAAUUAAAUUUGCUUAAUGUAAACCCCAGGAGACUAUUUAAUUUGACACAGAUGAGGAAAAGGUUCCCUAUUAUCUUUUGAGGAGCCUGUGGGGGAAAUGCCAGGAAUCUUGAUAUAUUUUAAUUUUUUUCUCUCUUCUUAAGCUGUUGAGUUUUUUGUUUUUUUGGCAAACACCUACACCUUCUGUAACAACAAGACUAAGGGAAAUUAAAUUCUGGACAAGACUAGAGCAACUCAUCCUACGUUACCUGCCAGCAGGACGGAGAAAAAAGGAAUUUUGUCUCCUCCUUCACCCGGGACUGAGGACCGUUGAGCCCCAUCGGCCGUAUCUUCGUCCUCAUCACGAGGACGGCGCAUCUGUUAUAUUUUAUGUAUUUUAUUUGAUAAUUUCAGAUUAUUUUGACUUUUGAUGCCUUUCAUUAAGACGCAACAACAGUUUGCACAGAACCAUUGUUUCGAAACCAAACAGAUUUCCCUGCAUAUUGAUAAUUAAUAGAUACUUUACAUGUCUUGGUACAUGUGCAUUUGUAGUUUUGUUUUGUUUGUAUUUUAUUUUAUUUUGAACCCCUUACACUUAAGGCUUAAAUUUAGAGAUGACUCACUUUGUUUACUGAAAUGUGUCAUCUUUUGUCCCCGUCUUCCCAUGCACAUUAAAGUUGUUUUUGAAGGUU